UUAAAAGGCUCGUCCAUGUUUUUAUGCCAAUGAUUCCGAUAGCCCGUGGCAAGGUGUAUCGACACUCUUUCCGCAUGAAUCUAUCGCCACAAUUGUACGAAAUAGUCGACGGAACUUGUCUGCUAUGUGCACGAGAUAGUGUUCAUUCCAGGGGAGAGUUGUCAGAGGGGCGACAAAUAUUUUAUAAUAGAUCACAAUAACAUUGUGUGACAAUACUCGACCUACACUGCGAAGCAGUGCAAUCCGCGAACUCAUUGAUCUUCGUGGUCGCAGUAGCACGUUGUACCUCGUACCUUCUACGAGAAUGUCUUUCAAGAAAGACCUGAGAUUGCUUUUGAAGCCAUACUACUUCAUAAAUAUCCUCCUCAGUAUCUCUUACAUCUUCUCAAAGCGCAUUCCUAUAGUCUGUAAUUACAUAUUUGCUAAAAAUGACUGCGAGCUCGACGGGAGGGAAACAGAGAUCCUCUUUUUUCUCAUGAUUGUCAUCAUGAUAAGGACAAGGAAAACUGGUAGUGUAACCAUGAUCAAUUACUUAACUUCUAGUUUUGUGUAUACCAAAGUGGCGAAUUUAAUCCUAUGGUUUUACGCGGAUGUGCGAAUGGGCAUUUUGUUUGCGUUUAUUUUUAUAUUGUGUGGAUUAGUGUUGCCAGAGCCAACAUAUCAAGGUCCCGAAAACGUUGUCUAUCUACAUGGAGCCAAUGGAUUGCAGGAAGAAAUACAACGUGACACAAGGGUGGUCUGGCUAGUAGCAUUCUACACUGCAUGGAAUCCAGCCUGUGUAACAUUUGCGCCAAUAUUUUCCGAGCUGUCUGCAGAGUAUGCGUUGGAAAACUUUAAAUUUGGCAAAGUAGACGUUGGCAGAUAUCCAGAUGCAGCAACCAAGUAUCGUGUCAGCGAUGCCAGCACCAGCAAACAAUUGCCAACGUUGAUACUCUUCAAAGAUGGCAAGGAAAUGGAACGACGUCCAUAUGCGGAUCACAAAGGAAAACUCAUUAAAUUUCUCUUCUCAAUAGACAAUGUGAAGGCAGCGUUUGAUCUCAAUAAUAUUUACAGCAACUGCAAGAAGAAUCCUAUCAAGAGGAAAGAAAAGAAGUUUCUUAAGGCGGAAUAACGAAAUUUAAUAUACAUAAUGAAGAAAAACUUAGGCGUUUAAUACAGAAAAAAAAUUAUGUGCUUUGUGAUUCGCAAUUGACAAGGGAUUUACUCGGUUUCCGAUGUACCGAUGUGCCAAUGUCCAAUGAGAGAAUUUGUUUUCCGGAGACAAAACUAUUAGCGUUAGAGCGUACCGAGAAACAAAGGUCGUUUUUGUUGGACGUCGCACCGUCGGACAUCGUAUAUACUGUUCAUUCUCUGUAACGAAGUUCUUAGAUACAACUUCUACUGUAUAGGAAAAUCCGUUUGGCGCGUGUCACCUCGACCAAGCGUGCAUUCUAAACUAACAGGAUGUAUGGACUUGUAAAUAUUUUGUUGCAUGUUUUAAUAUUCUAUGUUAUACGUGCGGAGCAGAGAGUGUUCUCUUUAUCAUGAUGUUAUCGUGUUUAAUUUAUUUCAAAGUGCACGCGCGAUCCCCUUGCGCACAAUGAAUUAUAAUAGAUUGUUACGGUAGAAUAUAGCGAUAAAUAGUACGUUACUUAUAAUUAUUAAUAUAUGAAAACACCUCGUGUUCUCGUGUCAGUGUGAGAGGACACACCGUUGUACACUGUAGUCUGUUGGGAAACAGGAGACAUAAUCGUUCCUCGUAAUUUAAAUUUAAUGUGUUCCUGAAACGAUUUCAUUGGCGAAUGAAUCUUCGAAAAAAUUCGAACCAAUAAAGAACAAAUAAUUUGGGU